AUGAAAGCCGCACAGUGGAUGGGAACGCGCACGAUCCAGCUCGGCACCGUCGCCAAACCAACCAUCACAGACCCCUCGGACGCAAUAAUCCACAUCACCCACUGCACCAUCGGCGGCGCAGAUCUCCACCUCUACGACGGUGAACUCAGCGAGCUUCUCUCCAAAGGCGACAUCCUCGGCCACGAGGCGAUCGGCACCGUCGAGGAAGUCGGCGGGGAGGUCCGCAGCCUCUCCUCAGGUGACAGAGUCAUGAUCCUCCCCGUGAUCGCCUGCGGACACUGCGAGUUCUGCAAGCGGCAGGAGUUCUCGCUGUGCGACACGACGAAUCCCUCGCGGGAGAUGGAGAGUGCGUACGGACACCGCGUGGCGGGGAUGCUGGGGUUCACGCGGUUGUACGGCGGGUAUCCCGGCGCGCAGGCGGAGUACGUGCGGGUCCCGAACGCGGAUUUCUGCUGUGUGCGGGUGCCGGCUGAUAUCGACGCAAAGAAGCUGCUCGGUCUGGUGCAUGUCACGACCGCUGCGUGGCAUGGUUGUGAGCUUGCAGAUGUCCAGCCGGGGGAUAUAGUUGGUGUUUGGGGGUGUGGACCGGUGGGGUUAUCGGUGCAGCGGCUGGCGGUCCUGCGCGGGGCGAAGAAGGUGUAUGCCGUUGAUAAGGACGCGAGCCGCUUGCAGAUUGCUGAAGGGUUUGGGAUGAUUCCUGUGGAUGUCAGUGUGCAUGCCGAGGUGGGGGAUUAUAUCCUGUCGAUGGAGCCGAGGGGGUUGGACUGCGCGGUCGAGGCGAGUGGGUUUCGGAGUACGCAGAAACCGCAGCAUGCGGCUAUGCGGGCGAUUGGGUUGGAGCAUGAUAGCAGUGACACGGUGUCGGCGAUGAUCAAGGCGACGAGAAAGGGAGGCCAUCUCGCGCUGCUUGGGGAUUUCUUUUAUAAGACGAAUGAUUUUCCUAUCGGGCCGUUGAUGGAAAAGGGAUUGACGAUCCGGGGCGGACAGGUCAAUUCUCAAAAGUACCAUCCGCUUCUCUUGGACAUGGUGACACAAGGAAAGUAUGAUCCUUCGUGGGUGUUUACAUACGAAGAUGAAUUCGAGAAUAUCGUCGAAGACUAUCGCCGGUUCUCACGGCAUGAGAUUCCUGGAGGGUUGAAGGUCUGUUUGGUGACAGAGUACGGUAGAGGUCAGGCUUGA